CGCGACGUUUCUCCUUCACUCUUCUAUUUCUUACCGAAUCACCCAAUCACCACCAUGUCGUCGUCGACAUCAGCCAGCGCGUCCCAGUUUGCGUCGUCUGCAAGCGAGACAGCGAGCCGGUUUGCAGGCCUUGCGAGCAAGACGUUCUCGCGCGCCAUGCAGUUCUCGCAGGAGAAGAUGGGCAGCGCAGAGAAGACCGAGAUGGACUUUCGCUUCCAGCACCUGAGCGAGCGCGCCGACAAGACCAAGCUCGCCACCGACCGUCUGAUCAAGGCCGUCGAGGUCUAUCUCGAACCCAGCACUGGCGCUCGCAUCCAAAACGUCGUCAAGAGCAAACUCAACCACCCUCGCACGCCCAAGGAAACUGUGCUCGAGAAGCUCGGCAGCACGAUGGUCGAGGCAGGCGAAUCGCUCGGAUCGGACGAGCAGUAUGGCGGCGCUCUCAUCCGCGCCGGCAUUGUACAGCAGCACAUUGGCGAGGCGUGGGCCGAGCUCGCUGCUGCCACCACCUCCAAGUUCCUCGAUCCCAAGACACGCUUCAUCAACGUUGAUAUUCGCGAGCUGACUCGUCUUCGCAACCAGCUCUCAAAGGUCCGCCUGGAUCUGGACGUCGCCAAGACCAAAGUCCGCAAGGCUCAGAACGGCCCUGCCGAGAAGCUCGCCGAGGCCGAGAACCAGCUCCGCAACACCCAAUGGGAGUUUGACGAGCAGUACAAGCAAGUCAAGGCUGCCUUGGAGACUGUCACAGAGGAGCAUGACCGUCAACUGAUUCAGCUUGUCGAGUAUGUCGAGGCUCAGAACGAGUACUUCCAAAAUGCUGCCAAGCUGAUGGGCGAUCUGACCAACGAUCUGCGCAGCAUUCGCUCUGGCGCCCCUGCAUCGUCCCUGGCGCCGUUCGCGCCCACUGCGACGGCCGCACCCGCCACCAAGCCGGCGACGUCGCCCGUGCCCACCUCCGGUCUUGCACGUGGCCCCGCAUCUGGACGAAAGGCGCGUGUCGUCUACGACCACGAAGCCAACAGCGACUCGGAGCUUUCCGUGAGCGCGGAUGAUAUUGUUACCGUUCUUGGCGAGCCCUUGAACGUCAACUCCAUCACCAUGUGCAUGUGCGAGGCCCGCGGUGUGCGAGGGAUGGUUCCGCACGCCUUCCUCGAGUACCUGCAGUAAAAAAAAAAAACCAAACACAAAAAAAACCAAUAGAAAGCUCUGUGCGUCAGAUUCCAUUUCGCGUGGUUGUUUUGGCGGAUGCCUUAUUCAAAUGAAAGCAAUUGCACUCAACAAAA